AUGGGCUGUGUAUCUUCUAAGAAUCUCGAUGACAACGAAGUCAGCAGCCGAGGUUUUAGUGUAAAAAGUAAGCCCGGCAGUGGUGGCUUCAAUAAUAAGAUAUCGGAGAAGGAUUCGAAAGGUUUUGUCGGAGAUACGUUGAAAUAUCCGAUGCCAGCAAAUGAGUAUGACGGCGAUAGAUUCGCAUUACAACAUUAUCUGUUUAGGUAUAUCUGGCAAAGUAACUUUUCUUCACCAAUCGAAGAAAAAUUGUCGACGGAUGGUACCAGGGUACUGGAUGUGGGCAUCGGCACAGGAUCAUGGGUACUCGAGAUGGCUAAAGAAUAUCCAAAUACUAAAUUCACGGGUGUCGACCAUCGAUCCUUGUUCAACAAGAACACGCCGUCAAACGUUGAUGUAAAACAUACCGACUCCAUCUUAAGUCUCCCAUUCGAUGAUAACACAUUUGAUUUUGUGUUCAUGAGAUUUUUGGCGCAAGAAAUAACCGAAGAAAAAUUCGAACAUAUACUUAUUCCCGAAUUAACCAGGGUGUUGAAGCCAGGUGGAUAUCUGGAAAUUAUGGAUUUGGAUGCUCAAUGCGGGAACGAAGGUCCAGCUGCCCAAACACUGAUGUCUGCAGUUCGAACGCACUACCAAUCAAAAGGCAUUAAUCCAAUCAUGACAUCCAAGCUUAAGCGGUUUAUGAGUUCUACCAAAAUGUUGGUUGACAUCAAUGUAGAAGAAGAAAUUCAUCCGCUCGGCUCCUGGGACGAAAAAAUUGGCGAGAUAGCGUUGACUGAUUGGCUGAUGGUCUUAAAUAAUCUUAAAAUGGGUAUCGCUCCAUUAUUAAAUAUUAAUGAGGAUGAAUACAGAGAUCUAUUGAGAUCAUUUAAAGAUGAGACCGAUAUCUUCCAAACUUACUGGGCCAGCACCAGAGUUUAUGGGAAAAAAACCUCAGCUCCUGAUAGUCAACCAUCAUAG